UCUUUUUACGAUUAUAAAUGGGUAAAGUAAAAAAAAUUCAAGAAUGCAAAAAAAUAAAAGUAAGACGACAAUUAUUCGUCAAACCAAUAGCUAUUGUUAAACCCUAUGUGCCGGAAAAUAAAUAUAAAGCACCUCAAAUAUAUGUGCCUCAAGUGGUAGAAACAAGACCACUUGAGGAAUCAGAUGAGGAAACUUAUGAAAACCAACUGGAAAUCUACGACGAUCUUCCAGAAAUAGACGACGAACAAGUACGUAUACUUGACAGAAUUGUGAGUCGUAUAGAUAAUCAUUCACAGAACGAAUUUGGAACGCCAAGGAGACCAAAUGGAAGAAAUGAUUGACGUGUAUUAUGUUUUGGUUGUUGUUUGUGCUCGCGACAAAGCGAUCACGAACACUGUUGUGUGACAACCGUGUGCCCGUUCAUUCAAGGUUUAUUUGAACGGUGCCGCGGUUGUUGUUAUUGUAUUUAAAAAUAUGUAAAAUUGUAAAUAUGUUAAUAAAAAAAUUCAUUUAACAAAAUGUCUUUUGAUGCGACGGACGAUUGUUUGUUAUAUUUAUAUCAACUCAAUUUAGAUUUAAAAAAACAUUUACAGGAAACACAUUUAAAUCAAGGUAUUUGGAUGGAUAAAGCUGAAGAAAGCGAAUUGGAUAGUUGUAAAAGAGUAUACGGUUUUAAUAUUAAAGAUUUAAAAUCGAUAAAAACAUAUCAAAUAAAAUUGAUAGAAGUUCUUGAAUUGUUAUUUAAAUGCCUUCCGCAUCGCGUAUUUUAUCCCGACACGUGUUUUCAUAAUUAUAGUGAAGUCAUUGAACAUUGUCUUGAUGUGUUAAAAACAUUUUAUUAUUAUUUUACGUGUAUAGAUAAAUUGUAUAAAAAAAUAAACAAUGUAAAUAGUUUAAAAAUAAUAGUUCAACAAUUGUGUUAUUAUUGUUAAGGAUUAGUUGGAGGAUUAUAUUUGCAAAAAGAUGUAUUGGAAUGUUAUCAUAUUAUAAAAAAGGAA